UUUUUUUUUUUUUUUUCUGUUUAUUGUUUUCGGUUUUUUUAGUUUCUUUNUUGUGUUCAUUUGUAGUGGGUUGUAUGUUCUCUGUGUGGCCAGGAGUUGUUUGAUGUUCAGAAUGAAGUUUGUUGUUUGUAAUUUUGUUCUUUUGAUUUUCCUCGUGAUCGAGUGAUUAGUUGUUCUUUCUUUAGCUCUUGUACGGACGAAAUCGUGCUUUGUUUUCCUGAAAGUCUACUGGCGCGAAUCUGAUUCUUUGUGAUUUUUGAGGUUGAAGCCCUAGGAACUGUGAUUCAGAGCCCGAUCACUUAAUUCUAGGGUUUUGAAGAAUUUUAUCUCGAUAAUGAGUUGAAUUAGGACUGUUAACGCGCGUUGGAGUUGGACUAAGUCAGUUUAAUGAUAUCAAGCUGUUGAAUUCAAACCGUCGAAAAUACGACUGUUUAGGGAUUGGUUAUUCGGAUUGUUGAAAAUUCGUGAGGAUUUAUUGGUUACUGUAAAUUGAACGGCAAUCAACUAAGUGGAAACGAAAAGAAAAUGACACACAGGUGUUUGGCUCCGUAAAAGCAGAGGAAGAUUUUACGGCUAGAAUAUCCAUGGGUGCCGCAAACAUGCAAUCACAAAAUGCUGGUGGAGGUCUCUGUUCUGACAACACUAGUUCAUCUCUUUAUGAAUCAACUGCGACUGCUGAUCAAUUGAAGGACCCCUUUUCAAGCGGGAAAGAAUAUUGUCCCAAGGCAAGGAAGCCCUACACAAUCACAAAGCAAAGAGAAAGAUGGAAAGAGGAAGAACAUGAAAAGUUUAUUGAAGCUCUGACACUGUAUGGUCGUGAUUGGCGACAAAUAGAAGAGCAUGUGGGCACGAAGACUGCAGUUCAGAUUCGUAGCCAUGCCCAGAAGUUCUUCUCCAAGGUCAUGCAUAAUUCAAACGGGUGUACCGCAACUCUCGGAGGAUGCAUCGAGAUUCCUCCUCCUCGUCCAAAACGAAAACCAGCGCAUCCGUAUCCCCGUAAAGAAGUACCUGGUUCGCAUAAGUUGUCCUCCAUUUCAGAACAGACAAGGUCUUUGUCCCCACAGCUUUCAGAAAAGGAAUGUCAAUCUCCAACGUCAACUGUCGUAGCAGCAGGUGGUUCGUAUGCGCUAAAUUGUGCCAAUUCAAGAAUUCAUCAUGAGAGAGCAUCUCCAGAUUCAUCUAUUCCAUCCUCAGAACCAAACUCAUCUUCAUUGGACAAUGAAUCUCCAACAGUAAGCCCUGGGAAAGACAAUUCAACCCCCCAGGAGAAAAUUUCAAAGAACCUGGAGUUAUUUCCGAAGGAUGUGAAUGAAAAAGAUGUCUCUACAAAAGAAGUGUCAAUCCAGAGUCUUAAGCUCUUUGGUAGAACUGUAUUAAUAACAAAUCCCCACAAACAAACUCCAACGGUAGAGACCUGUGCGUUUGAGGCUGACGGUAAACAGGGCGAAAACCACAAGCAAAUAUCGCCAUGGAACUCCUCCAAGGUUAUGAGAAAUACAGAGGGCACCUGGAAUCAUGGAGCUUUCUAUUUCAUACAACUCAAUAGCAGUGACUCAAAUCAAGACCCUGGUUCUACAGUCCCGGUAUCGUGGUGGAGUUCUUAUGGCAGCUACCCACUCUCAUUUGUACAAUGUUUCAAACAAGCAGAUUCAGAGUUGAAUCCAGAAGUUGAUGAUAAGGAAACUCACAAGGAUCAAUCAUGCUGCGGGUCGAACACCGGAUCAGUAAACAGCGAGGAAAAUGGUGAUAAAUAUGGAGAAAAUGAUAUCCAAUGCUACAAACUAUUUCCCAAUAGAGAUGGAGAUUCAGUUUCUAAAGAUGAGUUGAUUGGAAAAGCAUUGUCUUCUGAGCUAAUAAUAAGCAGCCAUGAAAAGAACACCAAAGGGUUUGUGCCUUACAAAAGAUGCAUGACAGAGAGAGCUACGAAGUCCCACUCAAUCACAGAUGCAGAGAGGGAGGAGAAAAGGAUACGGCUUUGCUUAUAGAUUCAAAUUGAAUUUUGUACAGACAUGGCAUAAUGGAGCGAAAGAGGCUUGGUGGUACAAUCUCAGGUUCAUAAACAAAUGUACAAAUCUGUAAACCACCACUUUCUCAGCAUUGUCUUGUUAGGAUGAAUGUCCUUUACAUAAAUUGUCUUCCUUUGUUCAUUACUAAUUAUGCCCCUUCUUGUUUACCUAAAUAAAACGGUAAAUUCUCA